GGGGUCGUCUGAGGACCCACGGUCGGCGGCAGAGAGGAGGGAGGGAGGGAAGUGUGGGUCUGUACCGGUGUCAGUAGUUAGAGGAGUGGAUAUCGGGACAAUUUUAAGUUUGGGAUAAGUAUCCAGUUGAUGGGAUGGCACAGUACUAAACUUUCUUAAGCGCUUUCGACUCAGAUUUACACUUUCCACGUGAGGCGCGAUAUUUGUAGUUAAAUAGUUAAUACCACGGAGCUCAUCUCUCAAAUAUGCGAAUAUGCGAUGGCAGUCAGGUUUUUUUUUUUUUUUUUUUUUUUUUUUUUUUGGCACGGCAGCUCUUGCGAGCGCCGGGGUUUGUAAAAGAAUUGUGCCUUGUUGUGCUCCCACCCCCCGCUCCGUGCCGCACUGGUUCCGUCUGGCUCGCCCUCAGCUGCUGCGUGUCCUGGGAUGACCUGUUGAUGUCGGUAGAAUGGAGAAUGGCAGGGGGAGCGAUUUCCCCCAUCACCAAAAUAUUUAAAUAAGCAACAUUUUUAGGGGGGGGGGGGGGCUUUGACAAACCGGCGUCGCAGCACAGCUACCUCGUCCCGGCACAGGCAACCCUUUGGUGGUGUGCGUAGGCGCACCAUGGCCCAGACCCUCCAAAUGGCGAUCCCAAACUUCGGCAACAAUGUUUUAGAGUGUCUGAAUGAGCAGCGGCUGCAGGGCCUCUACUGCGAUGUCUCUGUGGUGGUCAAGGGCCAUGCCUUCAAGGCCCAUCGAGCUGUGCUGGCUGCUAGCAGUUCUUAUUUCCGGGACAUUUUCAGCAGCAAUAGUGGAGGUGGUAGUAACAAUGAGACAAGCCCAACCGUGGUGGAGCUCCCAUCAGCUGUGCAGCCCCAAAGUUUCCAGCAGAUUUUGGCUUUCUGCUACACAGGCCGUCUCAGCAUGACAGUGGGCGACCAGUUUCUUCUCAUGUACACUGCUGGCUUCCUGCAGAUCCAACAGAUCAUGGAAAAAGGCACUGAAUUCUUCCUCAAGGUCUCAUCACCCAGCUGUGACUCCCAAGGCCUUCAUGCUGAAGAGGCCCCACCUUCUGAGCCCCAGAGCCCAGUAACGCAGACCAGUAAUGGUGCAACCCGACCAACCUCCUGCCUCACGCCACUCUCUCUGGUAUCACGAGUCAAGACAGAGCAACCAGCUAGCCAGCCGGAUGCAGCCACACCUUACUCAGUGGUCUGCACUCCUGUAGCCAAGCGGCUGUGGGAGGGUGGUAGCAGUCGAGAUGGAGGUGGGGGAGGAUCAGGGGGAGGAGGGGGAGCCAGAAAGGCAGCCCGUUAUUCCCAGGAGGCAGUGCGGGGCAGUGCGAUUCAGAGCCCGGGAGUCCUUGGACUGGCCAUGGGUAUGGGUGCUACUGCAACCAGCUUGGCGGGCAUGGCAGCCAGUGGUGGGCUUAGUGGCAGUAGUGGCACCAACGGAAACUCUGCAGCAGGUCUCGGCAUGUCGGAGGGUGCCAGUCCCGGCACCCUAAGUACCUACGCCAGUGACUCACCCAUCAGCUACCAUGAUGAUGAAGAAGAGGAAGAGGGGACAGAUGAAAGUGCUGAAGAGCAAUAUAGGCAAAUCUGCAACAUGUAUACCAUGUACAGCAUGCUCAACAUGGGAGCUGCAGCUGCUGGUGAGCGUGUUGAGGCUCUACCAGACCACACAGAGACACGGGGUCGGAUGCGAGGCAGAGACCUUACGUGCCUCCCUGCAGAACUCAUCGCUCAGAUAGGCAACCGCUGUCAUCCCAAACUGUACGAGGAAGGUGACCCUGCUGAGAAACUAGAGUUAGUCUCAGGUACUUCUGUGUAUAUAUCACGAGCCCAGCUAAUGAAUUGUCAUGUGAGCGCAGGGACCAGACACAAAGUGUUGCUGAGGAGGCUGCUGGCUGCCUUCUUUGACAGGAACACUCUGGCCAACAGUUGUGGAACAGGCAUCCGCUCGUCCACCAAUGACCCAAGCCGCAAGCCCCUGGACAAUAGAGUUCUGCAUGCGGUCAAAUUUUAUUGCCAGAACUUUGCCACCAGCUUCAAAGAGAGCGAGAUGAACGCCAUUGCGGCCGACAUGUGCACCAACGCCCGACGUGUGGUCCGUAAGAGCUGGAUCCCCAAGCUGAAGCUACUGAUGGCUGAGAGCGAUGCCUACACCGCUUUCCUUCCCGAUGGUGUCAAGAUGGAGGACGACACCCUGGGGGCGGAUGCGGCCUUCGACCCCACCUCUCUGGAGGCCACCGGCGGUGCUGGUAUGGAGUCAGGUGGUUCUUCAGGUGAAUCGCUACCAGGUGUGGGCGGGGAUGGAGGACCGUUAUUUUGAACAUUGUGUCCAGGGGAAGGUUGAAAUUUGGUGACACGCAUACCAGUAUUCCCCAGUUCUGCUUGCCUCCUCACUCUUUGGCCCACGCUGAUCUCUCACAUCUGACUGUCUAUACUACACUGCUAGGGUCAACAGUUGUUGUUGCCCUGAUGUAACCAGGACAUGAAAACUUAAAUUUUUGCUUUAUGACUGUACAAUGGAGUUAGUAGAGGAAAGGGAGAGAGUAAGAGGAUGUUAAGUUUUCUCCUAACUGCCCUCUGCCUCCCCUUGUCUUUUUGAGUUGUGUAAGCGCAUCCACUGUUGCACAUUAAAUACAUUCCCUGAAAUGCAGGUGGUGGGGGGAGUUGCUAGUGCAGCCUGAGGAGGAAAGGACGGUUGGAUGGACAGGCUAGGAGUAGAGGUGGCGAGUAUGUUAAAUCUCAGUGUCAGUGGCAUUUUUCUCUAUGCAAGCCUGACAACUUUUAUUCCAGCCACGGAAAAGGAACUAAAUUUAAAAUAGAUAUAAUAAUAAUAAAAUGAGUUAACACUACCUGUUCUUCCUCCCUUUGUACCUUCCACUCAUCACCUUGCAAGUAUUCUUCACCCCAUAUCACCUUUCUUGAGAAUUUCACUUAAGUGUUUCACUGUGCAGUGUCUUAUAGAAAUAUAUCUCAUCUUUCUGUUUUCUGAAUUUGUAGCAUGUUUCUCUGUCUACAAACUGAAAAGUAACCCAGAGCGAAGGGGAAAGCUUUUUACUGAGAUGAUUGUAAAGAAAAUUUAAGGGCAACAGGUAAUCAAAGAUGGUCAUAUUUUUAGAGUUUAAACUAUAUUUAUACAAUGCCCAUGCCUAGAAUGGUGUGAGCAAAAAGAGUGAGCGGGAUUGUUUUAAAAUCUCUAUCUUCAUGUUUUAUUGAAAGGGGUCUUGUCAAAUAAGGAAAAGUGAUAUUUUUGCAGAAAAAAGGAGUAUAAUAAAGCAGUCUUAUCAUAGGACCCAUAGUCAUUUAUUUUUUAUCUUUAUUUGACAGAGCAGAGUGAUGGAAUGAGCAGUUGAACUGCUAAAUUUGAAGCAUUUCAUCUUCGCAAGCCUAAAAGGAAUAAUAAGACUGAUUCAGCUGGCUUGACUGUUGUCUAUGAUAACCAUUUCUUGUUAGGUUGUAAACCUGCAACGUUUGCCUCCUUCCAUAAAACAUUGGCCCACAGUUUUGAAGAUGACUUACAAAUAUAAAUGUAAUAUUGAUUCAACAACUCAGCUAGUUUCUUCUUUGUAUGGAAAUUACUGAAAAGAAGAAAACUGCUGACAUUUUUGUGCAAAUGCAAAAGUCACAGGAAUAUAGUUUUUGAAUAUUGGAACGUGCCUUUUAAUUGAAAUCAAUCAGCAAAAGCCUGGUGGGUACAGUGAUGUCAUGAGGAGGCAAUAUUUCUUGAAGCAAAUAGAUUUUAUGGUACUAUCCAUGUGUGUUCUUUGGUAGAGAAGGGGAGUGUGUAUUGCAUGGCUGUCUCUAUUGGUGUGUAGUUUAUUCAUGUAUCUAAUGUACCACCUCUUUAAUUUUGCACCUUCCAUGAGAGGUAGAGUGGAGGUUUCUGCACCUUAAUGAGAAGAACCAGUGGUUCAUGCACCUUUUUGAGAAAUGUUGUGUAGCAACUGAACCCGUGUAGGUGGAAUUUGUCUUUUUUUUUCCAUGUCUGCCUUGUUUCUUGUUUAGAAGUGGCACAAACUCCUACUGUAAAUAAUCAAGAAGACUGUUAAGUUGAGUUAAAUCCCAAGUGUUCUUCCUUUCUGUUGCUGGAGGCAUCUGAAUAUGAAAUAAUCAAACAACUGACCUUUUUUUUAUGUGAAGGUUUGUGUUUGGAAGCUUUUUGAAUGCGUGUUGGCCUGUAGCUCACAGGUCAUUACAGGGGAUUUAUUAUUCCUGUUGCAGGUAGUCUGGGUAUAACUAAAGAAUGUGUUCUUAACCUGAAAUGCUCUCACAGACAACUGAUUACUUUCUUCUUCUGGAAAGGCUUUUUUAAGAAGGUUCUAUUAUUAUUAUUUUUUCUUCUGAAGACAGGUACAGCUUAAAAAACAGGGAAGGAGUUAAUGCUUCCUAUUCAAGGCAGUCGAGUCAAUCUUAUUGCAAAAAUAACUAGAGGCAUGAAAGAUUUAGCUCAACUCUAUUUUCGUUAUUGAUUAAAAUUAUAUGGACAUGUUUACUUAAAUGGUUUGACUUGAGGGUCUAUGGACAGAACAGAAAUGCAGUAACUUGUAAGUAUUCCGGGUAAUGACAACAAAACCUCAGUACGCUUUGCAUUUGACUGUAGAUGCCACAUGGGCACCCCUCCCCCACUUACCUCUCCAGUAUCUUUGAAGACUGUUGUGCUUCCUGUCUUUCAUGCAGCUGGUGUCAUGUUUCACCCCCACAAGUUUAUUCAUGUGUUUCAGAGAGAGUCAAAGCAGUGGUUUUAGGUUAAAUCUGAAUUGUAAUAUGUAUGUUUAAUUUGCUUAGUGGCUUUUAACUGAGCCAAGUUUACACAAGUUCAACACAACUCAAAUGAAAUUGUCAUGUUUCCAACCCAAACAUGUUUUAAUUAUCCUCUGCCAGGUGUAUUUAUGUUAGCAUAAUCCCUUAAAGAGUUUAUCAUAUGAUGUUAUACAGAAAACCUGCUAUUUCAGAUUUGAAAUAUAUAUAUAUACAAAAUGAUUCCACUAUAUUACCAGAGUUAACGUACCAAGGCGCAUUUGUUCAAGUCCCAACAUGAGGACCUCUGUAUUAUUUCUUUUAAUAUCUCAUUUAGCAUGUCUACUAAAUCAGUCAGUGUUCUAGCUUAGAGAAAUAAAACCAGGUAAGACAGCAGCCAAAUUACUGUUCAAAAGUUUGAAUUUAGUUGCACUAUUACAGGUAUUAUAGUUAUAGAUGUAGAUUAUGUCCUUCACAGAGGUAUUAGUAAAACCAGAGUAUAAUGAUAACCAUGGACGCGCUUAGAAAAGAGUCUCCCAUAUGAAAACAAAAUA